UGUUGCGUCUGCGCAGUGCGUGUGACUGCUGAGAGUUACCGCACACGGCACUUUCCCGCAAACUCCCGCCUGCCCCCGCGGCUACCACGCACAGUGCCUGGCGUUUGAGGACGAAGAUGCUGCGAGUCUGUCAGCGAGCGGGGGCCGCGGCAGCCGCCCAGAAUUGCCUGUGUGGUAAAUAUUCACUCCGUCCAUUACGACUGUGCCGCGGAUAUGCUACAUCAGGGCAAUCUGGUGUUUCUGCAGGCAAAAUUAUUGGGGCAAGUGUCUUGUUUGCUGGCGGAGGAGUUGGUGGAACUGUUCUGUAUGCUAAUUAUGAUCCACGUUUCCGAGAGAAUGUAGAGAAGACCCUCCCAUACGCUGAUAAACUCUUUGAAAUGGCACUUGGUCCUGCUCCUUAUAAUGUGCCAAUACCAAAGAAACCGAUGCAACCUGGUCCACUAAAAAUCUCCUCUGUAGAAGAAUCCAAACAGCCCAGUACCAAAUCACAGAAGAGUAAGACAGAAGCUCCUUCAACUUCAGUGGAAGAAAAAGGAGCAAGCUCAGAAGUAGCUCAGAUAAUUUCUGCAACAGGUGAAGCAUUGUCAAUUCCAGCUCCAGGCAUGCAGGAUGACACAGGUGAAAAAGAUCACACACAAGGACACCAUGAAGGGAAACACAAACCUGCUGCAUCAGAUGAGGAAUAUAUGUGUGGAGACUCCCCUGCCAUAAAAGAACGGCCACCAGAGGAGGUUGCAGCCCGUCUUGCACAGCAAGACAAAGAGGAACAAGAGAAGAUUUCAUCUCUUGCAGCAGCUUUGGAAGGAGCCCUAAGCAGUACUGCUCGAGUAACCCUUCAGGCAAUUACUGCCCAGGAAGCUGCAGUACAAGCUGUUAAUGCUCAUGCUCAGAUACUGAAGGAGGCAAUGGAUACUUCUGAGACGUCAGGAGAGAGAAAAUCUGCUCAGUGGCGGACCUUGGAGGAAGCAUUGAAAGAUCGCAGGAAGGCUGUGGAUGAAGCUGCUGAUGCCCUUCUGAAAGCCAAAGAAAAAUUAGAGAAAAUGAAGGGUGUGAUUGAUGAUGCCAAGAAGUCUCAGAUUGCUGGAGCCAAAUCUCACAUACUUGCUGCAGAAGAGAAUCUUCAUCAUAUGAUAGUUGACCUGGACAAUGAAGUCAAAAAGGUUCAGGCAGCACAAUCUGAGGCUAAGAUCGUAGCUCAGUACCAUGAACUUGUGGCUAAAGCUAGGGAUGAAUUUCAGCGAGAACUGGAUAGUAUCACUCCAGAAAUACAAACUGGCUGGAAGGGGCUAAAGAUAACUGAUUUAGGUGAGUUACUGUAACUUCUUCUGCUCUGAUGAAUGUUAUUUCUCAAGUCUUUCUGUGUUUGUGUCGUGCAUUGCUUUACAACUAGACAAUAUCAACUAGUGCUUAGUUGCUGCAUUUAUAAAAUAUAUUAGCGCUGACGUUUGCUUUGGGAUACUUCCCGUUUAGUUUCUCUGUGUAGUCUGGUUCUUGUCUGUUGUGCUUGUAAAUCAUACACUUGAAAUAGUUUUGUUGCUCAGGUAACAGUUACUGAAAAUAUUAACUACAUGGUUAAAUUCCUUACAUGAAUAUUGUCAUGUCACUGGGAUACCCUUAUGCUGAUCCCAGAUGAUUAGGAGCACAGAACUGUGAACCAGAAAGUUGUGUCCUGCCAUUGACUUGCUGGGUAAUCUUGGGUAAGCCAUUUGGGCCUAAAUUUUCCAGUGCCCACUAAUUUUAGGUUCCUCAAUUUUCCUAUGCCCACCUUGAGCCUCAUUUUGUAGAGGUUCUGAGCACCACCAGCACCGUUUGCAACUUGUAGAUAUGCAGCACCUCUGAAAACCAGGCCCUUGAGGUCAAGUAGGGCCUGCAAAAUGAGUGGAUGUUUGUAAAAUUUUGACCUAAAUCCUUGCAUGGUAGUUUCUCCACCUUAGGAAAAUGGUAAAUUUUAUCAACUUGCUUAGUUUGAUUUUAAAAACUCUGAACCAAAGCAGGUUGUACAGGGAGCUGCGUUCCCUUGACAUCAAACUUAAACACGGUACAAGGAGUUACAAACAACGCUUCAUCACAGGAGCAGCGCUUCUUCCUGCCGUCUGUCCUCAUGUCAUACUAAUCAUUGAUCAGCAGUCCUAAACUGGACUAAAAACUCUCCUUCGCAGCACAUUUCCCCCAAAUAAAAUCUCACGCCCAACAGUGUCAAUUCCUCCUCCAGUGCCCACUGGAAUGGAUGGGCUUAGCAGCACAUGCCUGGUAGGUUAACAAGCUUGGGCUUUUUGGGACCAGAACUGGGAGAGAGCAUUCCAGAAGAAAAGGGGUCAUCGCAGAGAAUGCUCUGCUGGAACCCCUAUCUCUUCCCUGCUGACAGCGAGGUGGUGCAGCUCAAGUAUGCCUGCUAAUCUUUACUGGGGCAGCCUGUGUCUGAGUGACUUUGUGUAGGAUAGCCUGAGGCCAGUGGUUCAGCCUUUUCCAUGCUGGGGGACACAUCCCCCCACACACUCUUUCCUCCAUUUAACAGGUUGAGAUCUCAUUUCCUAGGCCAUUUAGGACUUCAUAGGUAAGAACCAACACCUUUAGCUCCACCCAGAAGCCAAUAGCAGAUGUAGAUCCUGGAGCACAAGUAUAAUGUGCUCAUGGGAAGAUACUUAUCAAGCAGGUUGCCACCUUCUGCACUGGCUCCAGCUUGGGAAUGGGUUUGAGAGAGCCCUGCAUGGCACACAUUGCAGAAAUCUGGUCCUGAGUGCCAAUGGUGGCCAGGUCUACAUCCCAAAGAAAAGGCUGCAACCUUUGACCAUAUGCAGAUAUAGUUUUGAUCUCUGCCACUGUUUGAUCAACCAACUUGUGGACUCUGGUAACAGAUGCUGGAUAUAAACCUCAAUCAGAGGAACUUGUAUAACAGCUGCCAAUACUUUGACUUACUCUCCUCUCACUCACUGUCCCUGCCUGUCUUCUCAGGACUGAGCUUCAGCAAGCUCACGGUCAUCCAUAUCCAGUCUCACCCAAAGUCACUGGCUCUGCUUUACUAUACAUCCCUUGGGCUGCUGUAUGGCUUAUUAGCACAGUGAUAACUGCAUGGUGCUUUAAAAACCAAUACAAGGGCAGUUCUUGAGCCACGAGAAACUUACAGUUCUAAAUUUGACAUACCGGGGGGUGGGGUGGGGAAGAAUCCAGGGGCUGGCAGGGUGGUAAUUGUGAGAGGUGCAUUUUGAUAGCUCCUUCUUGUAUUUAGGAAAAAAUAAUUCACUUCGUUAAUUUGGAGAUGCUGUCCAGAAGGGCUUGGAUGGGUGUCCUGGCAGGAAGAGGGAGAGAGUUAGUAAAGUGCUAAGAUCCUUGGAUAAAAAGUGCUAGUUGAGUAUUAAAUAUUUCCAGUUUGUGACCUGAGGAUGAUCUUGUUUCGUGUGUGCGUGUGCUGGUUGGCGCAGGUGGCAUGUCUGUCUGACUGUUUCUCCAGUCAUCUAUUUCUAAUAAAACUUUUUCUCUCUAGCUGGUCAGCUGUCUACAGAUGAUUUAAAUUCUCUCAUUGCCCAUGCUCAUCGUCGUAUUGACCAGCUAAACAGUGAACUGGCAG